AUGAGCCAGCAGGGGCUGCGAGGGGGCGCGGUGGCGCGCUAUCGUUACUUGUUCCUGCUGGCCACCGCGUGCGGUGCUGGCGUGCUGCUGUUCUCCCUCCACAGCGGCUCAGACUUUCUCUUCCUCGCGCGAAAACCCUUCGCGCCCUCCUGGGACCACCGCCCUCAUCUCUUGAACGCCGGGCACUCCGGGACGUCAGGAACCAUCGACACCGAAGGCUGCACCAUAUCUGUAUUGAACCCCUUCGCUCACGUUAUCAAAAGAUUAAUAUACAAACCAAUAGAGCACCGGUCCUGUAACCCAAAGUUUACCUUCCUUUUAAACAAUGUCACUCAUAUCUGGAUACGAAAAGAGUACUUAUCAUAUAAUAUUUGCUGCUGCUACAAAUCUUUUCACCGGCCACUUUCAAUUGACAAUAUCGACGACCCGUACUUAGACGACACGGUUGAGUAUAAAUCGUGCAUUUAUUUCUCAAACUACAUUGAAGUGACGAACGAAUUCGUUUCAGUAUCAUGUAAUCAUGAAAAUAAAACCCACGAACAAUUCUUCAUAUUCGCUCCUAAAAAGGUUAUGAUGAAAAGGUCGUUGUUCGAGGAAACCCCUCCUCAAAACAAAACGUGGUACAACGUGAUUAUAAUGGGCCUAGAUGGAAUAUCCAGGUUGAAUUUCCAUAGAACUAUGCCUAAAACAGUAGCUUAUCUUAGUAUGAAAGGCGCGGUUGAAUUUAUGGGAUACAAUAAAGUAGGAGACAAUACGCUUCCAAAUUUAUCUGCGGCGUUGUUCGGGCUGCAGCAAGAAGAACUACAAACAUCAUGUUGGCCUCACACUGGAGCCACAUUCGAUAAUUGUCCGUUCAUAUGGGACCGAUACAAGAACGUCGGCUACUAUACGGCGCUGGCAGAGGACAGUGCCACACUAGGGACAUUCAAUUAUGAGGGAGCUGGCUUUAUCGACGCUCCCACCGACUACUAUACACGUACCUUCAUAAGCGAAGCAGAAAAAAAAGUGGGAAACUAUUAUGAUGAAAAUUGUUGCCUAUGCAUGGGUAACAAGUAUUUUUAUCAAGUGCUAUUAGACUAUAUUCUAGACAUAUCAGCAUCGUUGAAGUCUUCUAAAUUAUUUGGCUUCUUUUGGGAAGUAAGCAUGAGUCACGACUUUCUGAACAAACCCAUGCUUAUGGACGAUGGUUACGAGGAAUUCUUAAAAAAGCUUGAUAGUUCUCAGUAUCUGGAUAACACGAUUUUAAUAUUUAUGAGCGACCAUGGAAUACGAUGGGGUGAAAUUCGUUACACCAUGCAAGGUCGGUUAGAAGAACGGUUGCCUUUAUUGCAUAUAUUGGUACCGCCAUCAUUUCGUAAAAAAUAUAGCAAGGCAUACGAUAACUUGAGACUGAACAGCAGGCGGCUCACUACACCAUUCGACGUGCACGCCAUGCUCGUCGAUCUAGCUGACCUUGAUAGCAUAACAGACAAGCGGAUCCACCAACGCACUGAAACAGCCUACAGCCACGGAAGGAGUAUUAGUUUAUUUCUGCCAGUGCCUGGCAACCGAACGUGCGAAGUAGCAUACAUCGAUGAUCACUGGUGUACCUGCCAUAAGAGCUAUGAGACGGCGACGGACAGCAAGGAGACGCGCGCGGCCGCGGCCAAAAUGAUUCGUCACCUGAACUCACUGCUUCGGGAGCACCCAGAGUGCGCGCGACUGAAACUGGACAGCGUGUUGGAGGCGCGCGAGCUGGUGACUGGUACGCCGAACAAAAUGGAGCUGGGCUGGCGAGAGUAUCUAGUGGUGGUGCGCGCCGAACCAGGCGGUGGCGUGUUCGAGGCAACGUUGCGCCGCGAGACCCGCCACUGGGCCCUCGCCGGCGCUGUCAGCCGCCUCAAUCUGUACCGCGACCAGAGCCUCUGCAUGCAUCACAAGCUACUCAAAUUGUACUGCUAUUGUGUAUAAAACCGAAACGGACCAACCUUCGGUUUGUGGUAA